CCGAAAUGAUGCCUGCACUCUCCGUGAUGGGAUUUGUGAUUUCGUGAUGGGACUGACGAGAGCGGACUCGACCAAUAGGAGGAAUACAUUCGUCCAAUUUGACUUCCGUACGUGGCAAAUCGUACUAUACUUGGCCAUGAGUGGUGAGUUUUGGGCGACUAACAGCCUCAAGUGCUUAUCAUCGUGAAGGAGGAAUACGAGAUAGUUCGGCAAGAUCAAGGGUCAACUUUGCUGAUGGUCGGAGUGUUGCGUGCUUACUUCACUGCAACGCGGAAAGGCGUGAAGAGCGCCGAGGGCGCCACGGGGUCAGCAUGAAGCUUUUAAAGAGCCAUAGAAAGCCCGAUUGAGGGCAUGAGAAGUCUUCCGAGUCCAGAAAUCACUGCAACAUGACGGGAGAAUCUCAGUCCUUCCGGGUCGUCAACUCCGGGCUCGUGCCCAUUCUGUUCAUUGUCGGUGCCGUGACGCUUAUCUAUGUGUUCUAUACCAACAGGUACCGACGGGGGCUCAACCAUGUCCCCGGGCCGUGGGCGGCCGGACUAUCGAAUCUGUAUCGACUCGGCCGCGUGGUGGUAGGCCGUGCCCAUACUCACGACAUUCAUCUCCAUAGGAAGUACGGCACUGUGGUUCGCAUCGGUCCCAACGCGGUCUCCGUCAGCAACCCCGAAGCCAUCCAGAAGAUCUAUGGCAUCUCAGCCAACCUACCUAAGUCUCACUUCUACCCCGUGAACUUCCCCUACAGCAAUGGCAAGCUUGUGCAGGGGAUCUUCGCCACGACGGACGAGAACGUGCAUCGCAGUAUGAAGAAGCCUAUCGCGAAUCUCUACUCCAUGACCAAUGUCCUGGCCUACGAGCCUCUUGUCGAUGAGACCAUCCGUCUGAUGGUCGCCCAGCUGAAUGCAAGAUUUGUCAUACCGCGCAAGCCCUGUGUCUUCAGUGACUGGCUCCAAUUCUAUGCCUUUGAUGUGAUUAGUUACGUGACGUUCUCUAGCCGAGUCGGGUUCAUGGAGAAAGGGGAGGAUAUCGAAGGCGUAAUGGAGGGAAUCUGGAAUCGCUUCAAGUAUUUCUCUAUAGUCGGACAGAUGCCAUGGCUUGACAAAUUCUGGGAUAAGAGCUCACUCGUCCAUUCGCUUCUGCCUGCCAAGUCCUCUCCCAUCGCGGCGUUCGCCAUGAGUCGUACGGGUAAGAGGAUUGAAGAGCUGGAAAAAGAAAAAUCUGCGCCCGAUCUGGAAAACAAUCGGGUCAAAUCAAAGAAGGACUUUCUCUCUAGCUUUCUUGACGUGAGGGCCAAGAAGACCGAUAUUCCGGAGUGGUACCUCCAAUCGUGGACGAUCUCCAACAUGCUAGCCGGAAGCGACACAACCGCCAUCUACCUGCGGGCAAUCUUCUAUUAUCUCCUCCGCAACCCGGACUCUCUGCGGCGCGUGGUCGAAGAAAUCGACACGGCCGAGGCGGAGGGCCGUCUGUCGCCCAUCAUCACAUACAAGGAGAGCACCUCGCUUGCCUAUCUGGAUGCAUGCAUCAAGGAAGCCGGCCGCAUUCAUCCUGCCGUCGGCCUGCCGCUGGAGCGGGUCGUGCCAUCCACCGGACUCGAAAUCGACGGCUACUAUCUCCCCGGUGGAACGAUCGUCGGCGUGAAUGCGUGGACCGCCGGCCACGACCGCCAGUUCUACGGUGCGGACGCGGCCGACUGGAACCCCGAGCGGUGGCUGGGGGAUAGUGAGCAACGUAGCAAGAUGGAACGGGGAAAUUUGCAGUUUGGUACCGGACACAGAUCCUGUCUGGGGAAGCAUAUCGCGCUGGUGGAGAUGUAUAAGCUUGUUCCACAGCUUCUGCGGGAGUUUGAGAUACGGCUGGUCCAUCCGGAUCGAGAGUGGACUUUGGAGAACUUUUGGGUGGUAAGACAGACGGAUAUGGAUGUGUAUUUUGAGCGCAGGGCUACCUUGUCGAAGAGAGCUGUCCAACUUGAUGAAAAGCCUAGUCUCUGAUGGCGAUGUGUGGCAAAGGAGUAGUGAAACAGAUGCACAGAUAACAGAAAGCCUAGGUAUUAGUGAACGAAUUAUGAGAUUUUACGUGUCU